ACGAUCUCGCUUAUAAGCCGCAGGAACCCUAGGAUUCAAUUGUCUGCGGAGUCUCUGAAGGGAAAAAAUGGUCACAUUCAGGUUUCACCAGUACCAGGUUGUCGGAAGAGCUCUCCCGACAGAGGCCGAUGAGCACCCGAAGAUUUACCGGAUGAAGCUCUGGGCCACGAACGAGGUUCGUGCCAAGUCCAAGUUCUGGUACUUCUUGAGGAAGCUGAAGAAGGUUAAGAAGAGCAAUGGACAGAUCCUCGCCAUCAACGAGAUCUUUGAGAAGAACCCGACAAAGAUAAAGAACUACGGGAUCUGGCUGAGGUACCAGAGCCGAACGGGUUACCACAACAUGUACAAGGAGUACCGUGACAUCACUCUGAACGGUGCUGUGGAACAGAUGUACACCGAGAUGGCAUCCCGACACCGAGUGAGGUUCCCGUGCAUCCAAAUCAUCAAGACAGCGACCGUCCCAGCCAAGCUGUGCAAGAGAGAGAGCACCAAGCAGUUCCACAACAGCAAGAUCAAGUUCCCCUUGGUGUUCAGGAAGGUCAGACCCCCUACCAGGAAGCUCAAAACAACAUACAAGGCUUCCAAGCCCAACCUGUUCAUGUAAAAGUCCUGAUACAAGCAGGUAACAGCCAAAUAUCCAGAUGAAUGAAAAUUCAUGGUUUUGGUAGAAUUAUUAUGAAGUAUGCCAGCUGUUUUGUUUUUGGGAUUAUGUUAUUUAUUUUUAUGGAUCUUGUUAGUGUUCAGAAGAGUUUGAACUCAGUUUUGUUUUUGUUGGACUUCGCAGUUCAUGUUUCCUCUUUGCAUAAGAAACCAAUUCUCCCAUUCUGUUAA